CCUGACUGACGCAGGACGAGAAGGAAAAAACCAAACUUCAAUCGGCAACGAAAUUUUCAUUUCGCGGCCAUAGUAAAAUUAACAUAGACCGCGUUGUGUAAAACUAUUAAAGCGUUUAUAUAUUUAAACUAAUCAAAUAUGGGUGUCGACGUCGAUACUCUUACCCCCGGCGAUGGUUCCACAUACCCCAAGAAAGGUCAAACUGUAGUGGUUCACUACACAGGAACAUUGACAAACGGAAAGAAGUUUGAUUCAUCGCGCGACCGUGGCAAGCCUUUCAAGUUCAAGAUUGGCAAAGGCGAGGUCAUUAAAGGCUGGGAUGAAGGUGUUGCCCAGAUGUCUGUCGGCGAGCGUGCCAAGCUUACCUGCACCCCCGACUAUGCCUAUGGACAGCAGGGUCACCCUGGAGUAAUCCCACCAAAUUCUACCCUCAUUUUUGAUGUAGAACUUAUCCGUCUUGAAUAAAUUCAUCUAACUUAGGGGUCUUUAUACUUGACAACAGUUAAAAAUUAAUGUUAUCCAAAUAUUUACUUCUUAUAGUAGAAACCAGAGCCUUAGUUGUCAGUUUUUUGCGUGAACUAGAGUUUUUAAUCCAAUCACGUAUGUGGUGGCUAUGGUGUUGCAGAUGUUCUCGGGAGACUAAAUAUUAAUUAUUUACUAUGUGACCUGCUAUUUUGUCAUUAGCAUAAUGGAAAACCGUAGAAAACUCCGUUGCCACGCAAAAUAAUGGCACAAGUCUAUUAACAUAAUGAAAUAUUUUUCUUUUCAUUCAGUAAUUAAUGUCAAUUAUUUCACGAGAGUGUGCAUAAUUAAAGCCUUAAAGAAUAAUGCAUGCCUUCAAUGCCCCAAAAGAAAGUUUAAGAGACCCCAUAUUUUAUAUGUCACACUUUAGAAUAGUUUCAUUUUAAUAAAACUAACUAUUUAGAGCUAUGUCUCUUUUCAAAUAGUGUUCAGUCAUAGUUAAUUCACUUAAGCUAAGGGACUUCUUGCAAUGUUUUGAUGCAUUUUUACUAUAAUAUUUUUUGGCAAAUUAUUUGUUUUACAUUCCACAAGCAUUUCUAUGCCGAUUGAGCCCAUAUUUUUUUACUGUUUUUUACUUGGACUUUCUGUAUUUUGAGACUAUGAUAAUAACUGAAUUGAAUAAUUAAAAAGAUAACUCUACUUGUAAUUUACCACCUGGUGGUUACUAUGAAUAUUCAAACGCUUUAUUGUAAAACUUACGAAUAAAUGUCAUCUAACACA